AGCAAGCAGACUUCACUUCUUUGGAAGCUACCCGAAGCAGAAUGCAGUUGCAGGUUAUCACGGCACUUGCCGCCUUGCUGCUGUGCGUGGCCUCCACUUCUGACUCGGAGAUGCUGCCGAAGGUGUCGAUGGAGUGCAGUUACAAAACCCUGCCGGACGACCCGAACAAUUACUACUGCUGCUCGGUGGAUAAACAUAUGGAAGUCCCGGCGAUGCGCACGUCGGGCGACGAGGAGUUGCGGUGCAGCGCGAGGAGUUUCCCGCAAGAGGACCAGGAGUACUUCUGCUGCCACGUGUCCGACCAGGUACCCGAGUCCCGCGGCCAGCAGUUGGUGCCUCCCCGCUCCCCGCAAGAGGCUCCGAGAACCCGGCAUCUCUACCCCGGGCUACGAGCGACGUUACUAGCAGCGGCGCGCUCCGCCAACUGAACAACUGGGACAGACUGCAAACACCUGGUCGAAACCUCGCAUCACCGUCAUCACCUUGCGACGACCAACACGCAACUCACCAAGUUUUGUUCCUUCCAAACCGAUACAUGUUUUUAAAACAGGGAUUUUUUUUUUCAAAUAUUUUAUUUUAGUACUGCUUGGUGAUGCACACUUUCGAUAAUACACCAAAAUUGUGGCUUUGAUGUAUGUAUGUUAUGUAAUGCACGUGUUUGCUUGACGAUUAAACAAAUGAAAUAACGCUGUUUUGAAACUUA